UUUGAGGCGGGUUUGUCUGUCCGGCACCAAAGAAAGGCUGUUUACUUCUGCACACACGCCGAGAUACUCCACUCUUAGCAUCAGUGAAUGGCUUCCUGGCUGCAGCAAUAUGUGUUCGUCCGCUUCUCACCGUUGUUUUCUCACUUUCCCUACUUUCACCACUCCUCACCUGAUCUUGCUCGGCGCUUCUCGGCGCAGUAAUCAUCUGUUCAACUGAGGUCUUCUCCAUCACAUCUCCACUGCUGGUGGACACCAACAGACCCACGAUGGAGAACUACCCGGAUCACUGGAAGGCUACUCUCCUCGGAGAGGAGUUCUGGAAAGAUGCUGAAGCUUACAACCAGCCCAUUCACGACCGCAUCGAAGCAGACCAAAACAAGCCUCUGCACGAAAGAUUCCCAUUCAACCAAGAACAUGAGCGAAACUCCCAUGCCCCUGCUGCCAGCAGCGCCAACCCAGACAAACGCAGAAGCCGUCGGUUCAGUAUGAACGAUGCGGCGUUCACUGGCACUCCCCUAGCAACAGCUCGUGUCGCUGAACUCUCCAGACGCCCUCGUUCACAAUCUCGCACGCGCUCCCAAUCCCAAGUCCGAGGAUCCAGUGUCGCGUCCAGCCGUUCGAGCUCGCUCAUCCGCUCCGCCCUAUACAGAAUGGCUAACUUGAUGCGGGAGGAGUCUGAAGAUGAGACCGAGGUGGGAUCAAUCCAGCUCCUAUCUGCAGAUGAAGCCACCCCGGAGAAGCCUCUCUUGGAGUUCCGCGGUGGCGAGACCUGGGAGCGUCUUACUGAUGACCGUCACUCGCUCGGACUUGACUUGUUCUGGCCUCAGGAAUUGGACAAUAAGGAGAACAUCAGUGAAAUUGACAAUAAAACCGACAGCAAAACCGAACCGGCACUCAUCAUGCUUGAUCUUGAGCAGAUGUCUCCUCUUUGUCUCUUCCGCAACCUCCGCAGCCUGAAGAUCAUUGGCAUGAUGCAGUCAUACCAGACAUAUAUCUGGCAGGCUGCCUGGUUGAACAUUGACCUUGAGGAACUGGAGCUUGGCAUGGCCUUGCAUCCCCGCAUCUGCAAGAGCAAGACUGGCGAUUGGCCCUUUAUUAAGGGAGGUUGGAAGCUCAACAAGGCUCACUAUGCGGAACCGGUUUACUUCGGCGACGGCACCGGCGCACUCGACCACAAACUCGGCCAAGCCGAAUACCUCGACAAGAUGGUCAUCGAGAAGGCCAAAGUGCGCGCCAUGUCUGUGGGCCGCACUCGCCAGAAGCUAUCCAUCCGCACACUGACUCUCUUUGGAUUCAUCGUCGACGCGGAUCCGUUCCUGCAUUGGUUUGACGCUAAGAGACUGCAGAGAAUCCAUUUCAAGGACUACUGCGUGGACGCCGGCUUCUGGCUCUGCAAGCCCAUGAAGAAGGUGGAGGUGGAUUUCCCGCGCCAGAUGCAGGAAAAGGUAAAUACUGCCAGACGGGUUAAUUUGUCGUCUGAGCUGAAAAUUAUUGAAUUGAAGGGCGGCAAGAAGAUCAGUGAGAAGUAUACCGGUCCGGAGUCGCUUAGUGAGUUUACCUUGCCUUUUCUGGUUGUGGUGUGUGGCUGGUUUGUUGACGAUUUGCAGAAUAGUGAUCUGACUGAUGAUCUGGUACUUACUCGAGAUCUCGAUGAGGGAUCAACUAUGAUUGAGAUGAUAUUCGAUUAA